AUGAGUCAUGUGAUGCAUUAUGGCGACCUUUCGAUUGCUAACGAAUUCGUUGCCGAUUUCCAAGGAUGGAAGAAGGGACCUGAACAAUUCGUACCUGAUUAUGAGAAAAAUGAGGGAGGCGCAUGGCCAUCGCGUGAUAUUCCACUGUUGAUGCUUGAAAAACAGUAUCAAGAGGAGGAUGGCAUGCAUCAGAAGUUCGAAAUAAGACGGCAGAUUCGUAAACUUGAGCGUAAGCGUGAAUAUUUGCACAACUUCAUGAAGAAGUUGGUGGAGAGGAUCAUUCAUGAUCCAGUGCAACAACGACGAAUCAUGAACGUUCAUCCUGAAACGAUAAAUGACUUUCAGUGCCACGAUAAAUUGCUGAAAGCAUUUCAUAAGAUUUGCUUCAACCUCGCGAAAGUAAGUUCACUUGAGAAGAACAAUUUGCUUUUGGCUCAUUCAAUUCAAUAG